AUGAGCGCGGCCGAGCGCGGCCCCGGCGGCCCCGGGGGUCCCGAGCCCGGCGGGGGCCGCAAAGCGCGGGGGCGGCCGCGCCUCACCGAGACCGACCGGGCCCGGCGGCGCCUCGAGUCGCGCAAGAAGUACGACGUGCGGCGGGUGUACCUGGGCGAGGCGCACGGGCCCUGGGUGGAGCUGCGGCGCCGCAGCGGAUGGAGCGACGCGAAGCUCGCGGCCUACCUGCUCGGGCUGGAGCGGGGACAGCGCGCGGGGCGGCGCGGCAAACCCUGGGAGCAGCUCCCGAAAAAACCCAAACGCAAGAAAAGGCGCCGCCGGAACGUGAACUGCCUGCGGCACGCCGUGAUCUGGUACGAGGACCACCGGCAGCGCUGCCCGUACGAGCCGCGGCUGGCGGAGCUGGACCCCUCGGUGGGGCUCUACACCACGGCCGUGUGGCAGUGCGAGCGCGGCCACCGCUACUUCCAGGACCUGCACUCGCCGCUGCGGCCCCUCAGCGACUCGGACGGCGAUGACGCCCCCGGCUCCUCUUCCUCCUCCUCUUCCUCCUCGGGGGGCUGCAGCUCCGGCUCGGAGGCAGCGCCGCCGGGGGGUCCCGCGGUUCCCGGCCCCCUCCCCGCGGGUCCGGCCCCCCCCGAGGCGCUGGAGGCCGUGGUUUGUGUCCCGCUGCCGCUGCCCCUCCCGGCCCGGGGGGGCCUGGACGGGGGCGGCCCUCCCACCCUGCUGCAGGGACCCCCCCUCCUCAUCCUGGCCGGGCCCGGCUACGAGGCCCUGGGGGGGCUCCAGCUCGAUGUGGGGGGGCACGAGGUGCUGCUGGAAGGGGGGGGCACCUUCCCCCCCCCACCUGGGGAGCCCCACCUGCCUAAGACGGAGGAGGACGAGGAGGACGCAGCGCCAAGGCUGAAGCAGGAGGAGCUGCCCCCCCCCACCGAGCCCCCCCCUCCAGAGCCCCCCCGGGAGCCCCCCCGGGACCCUUCCCCGGCUGAGGACGCCGAGGUGUCGACGAUAAUCUACGAGAUCCCCAAAGAGCCAGAAAGGCGCCGGCGGAGCAGGCGGGGCCGUGCCCCCUCCCCGGACCCCGAGGACCCCCCUGACCCCCUCACCUGCCCCUAUGCCGGCUGCGGGCAGGUGUUCAGCGCUCUCAGCAGCUUCCAGAACCACGUGAACCUGGUGCACCGCAGGGGCCGGACCCAGGUGUGCCCCCAGCCCGGCUGCGGGAAGAGGUUUUACCUGGCCAACCACCUGCGCCGGCACAUGGGCGUGCACUCAGGUGUGCGGGAGUUCACCUGUGACACCUGCGGGAAGUCCUUCAAGCGCAAGAACCACCUGGAAGUCCACAGGAGGACACACACCGGGGAGACCCCCCUGCAGUGUGAGGUGUGCGGGUACCGCUGCCGCCAGCGCGCGUCCCUGACGUGGCACAUGCGCCGACACGGGGGGCUCAAGAGUCACCCCGAGCCCCGCGGCACAUAGGGGACCCCCCUGAAUCCACCUGGGCCUCCCCCGGACUCACCUGGGCCCCCACCUGCUCGCUGGGACCCCCCCAAUGUACCUGCGGCUGCACCUGGAGGUGAAGAAGAACCACCUGGGGGGGGUCCUGAGCCCCUCCCCGGGACAUCCCGAGCACCUGAGGGACCCCUUCAGUUGCCCCCUCGGGGGUGUCCUUGUGUGUCCCCCGCAGGUGACCCUGUGGCCCCCCCAGGAGGCCCCGUUGCCCUCCCCCCUCAUCUUUUAUUUAUUUCCUUAUUGUCGCUUGUCACCCCCCUGGGGACACCUGGGGUUUGGAAGGGCUUCGGGGACAUCGGGGUGGGAGCACAUUCCCCCCCCCAGGCCCCCCGGCCCCUUCCAGGACCCCCGUAAUCCAUUAAAAUCAGGACUUUU